AAACAUUGCGCUGUGCUGCUGCUGCUGCUGAUUCUGGUUCUUCUGUUCGGAUCGAAAGUGCCGAAGUUUAGCCAAUCAUGUACGGUGGAAAAAGUCCAACGGAGCUGCUGUCGGGAACCCACUCCAAGUCGUGGCUGUACGACAAGUGGGCCCCCACAGCGGGUGGACUUUUUGGCUUCCUGGGAGCGUGUUAUGUCAACUGGGGAAUCGGACGGCCUGUUUUCAGCGGAAUCCAACGGCAUGUGAUUGCGACAGUGUCCGUCGGUGCUCUUGCGCUUACUGUCGACAAGUGGAGAACUCAAUAUUUGGCCGAGAAGGAUGCCACUCUGCGGCACUACAUUGAGCUGCACCCGGAAGAUUUCCCAACUCCCGAACGCAAAAAGUUUGCUGACGUGUUCGAGUACUGGCAGCCAAUCCGUUAAAUAACAACAUCCGGAGCCUUCUAUCACUGGCCAAGGGCAAUAAUUUAGCGUUUUAGUUGUAAAAGCCAUCCCCAACCGGAAGAGGAAGCAAAUAAUAAAAAAAAAAUGUCCAAAGUUUA